UGUGGUCCAAGGACAAGGCUGAGCUUCGAGUGCUUGUUUCAGAACUUGAAGUUGAAGAUUUCUGAGAAACGAAAUGGCGGUCUUGGGGCGCUGGUUGCUUUUGAGUUGUAUGUUACUUCUGAGCGCAUGCGAUCUCUGUGCUGCCGAUGCCGGCGUGCUGCCAGGAUCCGACCUGGGCGUCGCCCAGCAAGUGAGUCAGGUCCAGCGGAAGUUGCACGAAGUGCAGGACAAGCUUGAAGCUGCAGAAACUCGCAGCGAAACGCUUGGAAAGCAUGCAGAGGUUGUCGAGGCUGAAUUGAAAGCCACCAAAGAAUCGGCAGAAGCAGAGCUCACUCUGCUCAAAGAGAGCCAGACUGCUGAAGUGGAAUCAGCAUCAGGAAGGUUAAAUGACGCUCUUUCAAAGAUACAAAUGUUGGAGGAGGAGGUGGCGACUCUCUCUUCUCUUAAAACCCAACUUGAGAGUGAACGUUCAAACCUGCUGAAACUGGCGGCAAAUGGGAAGAAGGCAGAAAAUGUUGAGAAGAGGGCAAAGCUUCUUGAAGAGGAGAAGCAAAGACAACUCGAGCGGGCUGAGAAAGCCGAACGGGGGGAGGCAGCCCAGCGCGAGCUGGUGCUACAGUUAAAAGUGGAGGGGGACAAUCUGCGCGAGCAAGCGGCAGAAGCUGCAGCAAAGGUUGCCAAGCUGGAGGCUGCCUUGCUCCAGGCCCAAGCGGAGCUCUCCGCAAAGGACCAGGUCAUGUCUAAUUGGCUCCCACCGUGGGCGGCAGCCAAGAUCAACCCCGUGCAGGAAGCAUUCCUAGUGCGCUGGUUCAAGCACGGACACCCUGUUUACCAGCAAGUGUCCAGCAUGUUGACUUCAAGAGCAAGCACUGCACAUGAAUGGGCACAGCCGCAUAUCAAGCGUGCUCGUACGGCAGCUGGGCACUCGUGGCAGGUGGUGGGGGAGCCCACACUGGGGUAUGUUCAAGCAACGCACCAGAGGUUGAUGCCUGUGGUGGCCGCCGAGUGGGCAGAACAUGCGACUCCCGUACUAGGGAAGAUCCAUGAAGGCGCUGCUUCAGCUUACACCCGGGUCGCCACCUUGGCUGGACCCCAUGCACAGAAGGCCCGCCAAGGUCUGGCUGCAACUAUUGACAAGCUUUUGCGAAACCCUCAGUACCGGGCUUUAUCUGCAGCGGCAGCCCCGUAUGUGCACCAGUUUCAAAAGCUGCUUCGACCCGUUCUUGAUGCUGCUAGGUUGGCAAUGGGUUCUGCAAAGGACUUGCACGACCAGGCUGUGCAAUUUGCACUGAAGCAGCUUUCCUCGAACUCUGCUACGGCUGCUUAUGCCACAACAAAGAAUGCGCAUGUGGUGGUGUACAUCAUUUUGGCGCUGCCGGCUGUUUUGAUCUUUGCUUCCUAUCCUACGUUGAGGAAGGAGGCGCAUCCAAAGCUUCCAGGUUCCACUGCCGAGACUUUCGCCAAAAAGAAACGGAGGAUGGUGCCAGGCAAGCCCGGUCAAGAUAGCGCUAUGGGAAAACGGUCAAGUGGCAUCCCAACAAAUUUUGAGUCAUGAAUUGGGGAAUCAAGGUAGAAAAAAACUGGUUCUACAAAGUUGCUAAAGCAACUUGCAAUAGUAUCGACCUUUGGCAGCGAACAUGCUUUUUUUGGAGAUUGCGUUCAUGCAUGUCAAAAGUAUGUGAUGGGUUGGUCUUGCGAGAUCACGACCUUGAUGUGCUGUGAUGCAUUCACUUGAAGUGCAGAAUUGCCUAAGUCGCGCAAUCAGAUGCUGUAGAUAUAUCCAGCUAGCCUGCUCGUUUACGAAAAAUUGCGUCAUGCUAAGAAUCAAGUAGCAGCAAAUCGGAACAAAUCAGCCAGCUAUGCCAGCCUGGUAGUACCCCCUGCCAGAUCUUCACAGAAAAUCGGAAAACUUGUGACGAAGUUGAAGGUGGGGGCCAGUCUUAUUUUCGGAGUUUUAACCUUGAAACGCCCUUGUGGAUCGAAGUUUUUUGACAUGAC